AUGUACGAGCUGUUCCUCACGGCGCUCGUCGAAGACAGCGACAUCAACACAGCCCUCGCCGUGCUCAGCGGCUUCUGCUCGAUGCAGCCAUGGGAGUCCACCAGCCGAGUCCUCUACUUUCAAGGCCCCCCGCGGCCCUCCGGGAUCACGAACCAGCGCUCCUUGGAAAAGCCCAUCCGCAAAGACGUCGCCAUGCUCUGGAAAGAGCUGCAUCAGAACCUCUCGCGCCAAUCCUUCGUCCUCCAGGCUCGCUAUGAAAUCAUCAAAGACCGGGACUUGGGGCCCUCUGCCGAACCAGUGGAUCUCGACACUGUCCCGGGUAUCCUGAGAUGGACAGACUUUCCUGAUCCUCCGCGCAAUCAACCCAUCCUCGCCCAGCGCAAAAAGGUUGAGCUUUGGGAUCAGAGAAAGCUGCUCUCUGUGUUGCAAGAGAACAAUCAUCAACUCAAGACGGAGACGGUAGAAGAAAUGUACCGCUUCUUUCGCGAUGACGUCGAGUUUUGUCUCACCAGGCACUACUUCGUCGGACCGCUCGAGAAUUACGUUCCUCUGUCGUUCAAAUCGGCACCUCCCACAGCGCCAAUGGCUUCUCUGCCGGCGUGGGACUCUCUCACCCGCGUUGAUGCGCAGAAUCGCUGGAUUCUGCAGGUCAAGGCGCACGUUGUCCAAGACAACAAGCCAGAUGAGAUUAAGAAGGCUCAAGAUCAGCUCUUAAAGUUCCGCGCGGAUCUCGAGGGUGUCUUUGACUUCAAAGUCUUUGAUCGCAGAGUGCACGACACUCGAGUGGCUAUGCAGCCGCAGGGUGUUCAGGCUCUCCCGCAGAAGGUGCUCCUUGGGAAGUCAUGAUAUCUCGUAUGUCGCGUCACAAACACUAGAGAGCCGGAUUCUUGGUGUUCAAGAUCGCCGGACACAAUCGAAGCUCAUCUGUCCCCAAGGGGCGACUAUUGCCGAUAUCGGUCUAAUCACGUCUAUUCCAACACACCGGUUG